AUGAUCUUCUCCAAUGGGUACCAAAGAAUAUUCAACGGUAGCCAUUCUACCGAUAUAAACAGUCCGUCAAAGCUACUCUUCCAAAUUAUCAUUCUUCAGUGCUUUUAUUACCUUUCAGCACUUGUCAUCUUUUACUUAAUAGCAUCAUUGAAUGGGUAUGAUUUCCAAAUAGACUGGAUCUUUCUGUGGGAAUUGGUGAGCCUGGACAAUGCCAUGGGAUUAACCCUUUUCUCAAUGUGGUUAUUUGACUCCUUGUUAUGUGUGUUGUUUGUGACUAUCAUAGUUGGAAGAUCCAAAUUGGCAUGGGAUUUUGCUAUAACAGUUCAUAUAAUAAACUUAUUGGUGGUGUGGCUAUAUACUGGACAUUUUCCUUUGUCUAUACUAUGGUGGUGCUUGCAAAUUUUGAGCGGUGUGUUAUUGGUGACUUUAUCAACGUACCUGACUAGAUGGAAGGAAUUGAGAACUACGUUCUUUGAAAACAUGUUAGAUCAACAAGAGUUGGGGCAAGUCAACCAUGGAGGAAGUAACUCCAUUGAGAUGGCAGAACUACCAAAGGAGCUGAGUCUGCGCGAGUAA